AUGGCCAAGUGUACACAUAAAGGUUGCGGAAAGGACUUUGAUGAGGCAGAGAACAAGGACAAUGCUUGUCAAUAUCACGAAGGCGCUCCCGUCUUUCAUGAAGGUUUAAAGGGCUGGUCUUGUUGUAAGAAGCGUGUAUCUGAUUUCGAUGAAUUCCUUGCUCUUCCUGGUUGUACUUUUGGUCGCCAUUCCACCGAGCCUGUCGCUGCCCCUGCUGCAGUAGGCACUUCAGAGGCUGCAAAGAAUGCUGAUGUUCCCGUCACAGCUCAAGCAACUCAUGUUACUGAAGAGGGCGUGGAAGUGUACGGCAAGAAGCCUGAAGCACCUGCCGCACCUGCUGCUGUUGCCGUUGAACCCAAGAAGGAAGAGGAGGAGAAGAAGCCUGAAAUCGAAGAGGAAGACGAUGAAUCUGUACCUGUACCUGAGGGCACUACAUGUAAGAGACGUGGUUGUGGACGUGUAUGGAAAGACCAAGCUACAUCUCGUGGCUCUGGUGCUGAGGCUACAUGUCGCCAUCAUCCUGGUUCUCCCAUUUUCCAUGAGGGAUCCAAGGGCUGGAGCUGUUGCUCUCGCAAGGUCUUGGAUUUUGAUGAAUUUUUGAAGAUUGAAGGAUGCAAGGAAGGAAAGCAUUUGUUCGUGGGUGCCAACAGUCAAACCGAGGAAAUGGUCGAUUGCCGUACUGAUUGGUACCAGACUCAAACCAAUGUCAUUUUGAGUAUUUUUGCAAAGAACAAAGAUGAUACAAAAGUUGAUUUCACUGAGGACUCUAUCAAUGUUGACAUCAAGAUGAAGGGUAACAAGCGUUACAAGAAGACAUUCCCUCUCUUUGCUACAAUCGAUACUCCUGCCUCCAAAUUCACUGUGCUCUCAACAAAGAUUGAAAUUAAUUUAAAAAAGACCAGUGGCAUCUCUUGGGCAUCUCUUGAACCCAACGAUCAAGUCAAGACCUGGACUACCUUUGGUGUAAGCGGUGGCGGUGGCACUGUGGGUGGUACCGAAAUGUAUUAUAAUGCUGAUUCACCUUUGCAUCAUGUUAAUAAGAAAUAA